CCACCAAGGGGGCAAGGGAGAGGCGGGGAGCGCGCACAGGACCCCUCCAAACGCCUCCUGCCCGUUCUCCCUGCUCCGGGCGCUCCCAACCGCAGCGCUCCACGACCGCUGGACGCCCCGUCGGGUGCGGGCCGGGUAGAGAGGAGGGAGCCGCGCGCGGAGGCCGAGGGCGACGCGGGGGCUGGCGCGGGCUGCGCAGUCUGGUCCCCGCACCGGGCACGCCCCGCCGCCUUCCUGAGCUCUCCCAGAAGAUGUCGGGAGCUAUCUUUGCGCCCCUGGAGGGCCUGGGCGCCCUGGACGCUGCGAGCGGCCACCCGCUGGUGUGCCCGCUGUGCCACGCACAGUUCGAGCGCCCGUGCCUGCUGGACUGCUUCCACGACUUCUGCGCCGGCUGCCUGCGCGGCCGCGCCACCGAUGGCCGCCUCGCCUGCCCGCUGUGCCAACACCAGACGGUGGUGAAGGGCCCCAGCGGGCUCCCUCCAGUGGAUCGGCUGCUGCAGUUCCUGGUGGACAGCUCAGGGGAUGGCACGGAGGUGGUGCACUGUGCCAACUGUGACCUGGAGUGCAGCAAGCAGGAUGCAGAGACCACGUACUUCUGCAACACGUGCGGGCAGCCGCUGUGCGCGCGCUGCCGCGAUGAAACGCACCGGGCACGCAUGUUCGCGCGCCACGACAUCGUGGCCCUGGGCCAGCGCAGCCGCGACGUGCUCCAGAAGUGCACGCUGCACGCGGAGCCCUACAUCAUGUUCUCCACCGACAAGAAGUCGCUGCUGUGCAUCCGCUGCUUCCGGGACAUGCAGGGGGAGAGCCGGGCGCACUGCGUGGACCUCGAGUCGGCCUACGUGCAGGGCUGCGAGCGGCUGGAGCAGGCGGUGCUGGCCGUGAAGGCCCUGCAGACGGCCACACGCGAGGCCAUCGCGCUGCUGCAGGCGAUGGUGGAGGAGGUGCGGCGCAGCGCGGCGGAGGAGGAGGCCGCCAUCCAUGCCCUCUUCGGCAGCAUGCAGGACAAACUGGCAGAAAGGAAAACGCUGUUGCUGCAGGCUGUGCAGAGCCAAUACGAAGAGAAGGACAAGGCCUUCAAGGAGCAGCUCUCCCACCUGGCCACUCUGUUGCCCACCCUGCAGGUUCACCUGGUCAUCUGCUCUUCCUUCCUCAGCCUGGCCAAUAAGGCUGAGUUUCUGGACCUGGGCUAUGAGCUGAUGGAGAGGCUGCAGGGCAUCGUCACACGUCCCCAGCACCUCGGGCCAGCGCAGAACAGCAAGAUCACCAGCGACCACCGCGCCGAGUUUGCACGCUGCCUGGAGCCGCUGCUGCUGCCGGGGCUGCGCCGGGCGACAGGUGCUGGGGGCGGCACCAACACACUAGCAGCAGGCUCAGGCCCCAAGGUGCUGAUGGGGCCCAGCUGCCCUUCCCCAGUGGGAAAGAUGGUGGGGUCGCCGGUCCAAAAGCCCACGCUGCACCGGUCCAUCAGCACCAAGGUGCUGCUGGCGGAGGGGGAGGAUACACCGUUCACAGAGCACUGCCACCACUAUGAGGACUCCUACCGGCGCCUGCAGGCAGAGAUGCAGAACCUGAAGGACCAGGUACAAGAGUUGCACCGGGACCUCACCAAGCACCACUCGCUCAUCAAGGCAGAGAUCAUGGGAGACAUCCUGCACAAGUCGCUGCAGGUGGACGCGCAGAUCGCCUCGGAGUACGCUUCCCUGGAGGGGAUGAGAGCAGUCUUCCAGGAGAUUUGGGAGGAAUCCUACCAGCGGGUGGCUAACGAGCAGGAGAUUUACGAAGCCCAGCUCCAUGACCUUCUUCAGCUGAAGCAGGAGAAUGCCUACCUGACCACCAUCACCAAGCAGAUCACGCCCUACAUCCGCUCCAUUGCCAAGGUGAAGGAGCGGCUGGAGCCCAGGCUUCAGGCGCCAGUGGACGAGCAGUCGGAGCACCUACAAAACACGCGUGAUGACAGCGCUGACAGUGAGGCUCCAGCCAGGAAUGACCCGGUGAGUGUCACAGAGAAGAGAGAGAAAACAUCAGAACCUAGAGGGAACGGCCGGACUCUGAACAGCCUCACAGAAGAGCCUCCACUGAAGAAUAAAGACCCUCAUAAACCCAGACAGAAGAACGGGGGUGAUAUCCCCACACGGAGAGAGCGCCCGACUUAGCAAAUGGGACUGGUCCUGAGGGGUGGGUAUUUUACAGCCUGCACGUCAAGACUGGGAUAUUUAAGAAAAGGUUGUUCCCAUCAUGAAACAAAGGGUAAUCACUAAACAGGAGAAGACCCCAGAAACUCUGACAGGUCCUCAUUUCCGAUCCUUUGGCCUGAGCUGAGCUUCACUCUCCCCUGUGUUCGCACUGCACAAAGUCUUGGUCCCCAUCACGCGGCUGCAGACGACAUCCCGGUCCAUGUGGAAAAGCCCUUCGCUGCUCUGGCACCCCCUUAGCGUCUGCGUGUGGGGCCCCGCACGCCAUCAGCCCGCACCAGUCCGAACUUGAGACAGGGAGACUCCAGCACUGUGCAUGCAGCACUGGCCCUGCUGGUUCCACCCAGCAACCUGAGCACGGACUCAGCAGAGACGAAACCCCACUCUGGUCUCCUUUCACAUGAGGCCUGAGCUCACGGAGCAAAGCAGCAGCCGGUGGCGUGUGUGGCAGGAGAUGGUCACAACUUCUCCACAACUUUUUCUCGCUUUUCCAGUUGCCCUUUCUGUCAGGUGGAAUGUCACAAAUGCUUAGAAAGGAAAAUUAACCCAGAUGACCGAAAAUUUAAAGUUUUGGAGGUAAAAUGUCCACACAGCCACAUUUAAAGCAGAUACCCAGCUUACUCAGUGGUUCCAACAGCAAAUGGCUUCCACAUGCCAGGCAGACCAGCACAUCAACACACGAAAACACCACAUCAAUAUCCAACACCUCUGCACCUGUUUUGGAGCAUGGACACUCAUUCCGGAGCAUCACAAACCCUUGGGAGCCUAACGGGCAGGAGGAACUUGUCAUAACGAACUGGUUAGAGAUUAGCAUUCAGAACUGAACUGAGUGGGCAAAAUACAUCUGGUUUUAUGCUGUAGGUCCCAGACAUUUCUUAGUCAGAGGUGACAUGAUUACGUCCCAUACAAUCACGCUAUGGUUCAUAGUGAAAUCAAGUACAGUUUUAUUUAAGAAUUGGAAAGAAUAUUCAGUAUCUGUGAAAGAAAAUCCAAUUUAAAAUAUUUAAAUAAACAUUUCUGCAUGUAAAAAGACGAGUAGAAUAAUUACUCCAUUAAAUUACUCUCCUAGCUACGGGACGACUUCCUCUAGAGCAAGCGCUUGGGACCACCCGUGACGGCUGGCCCUCCAAGCCCAGGGCAAGGCAUCAAGUCUCACAGCAGGGCGCAGACAGCAAGCCUCUCCUACCAACCUCAUCAAGUCACUACAGAAGCAAGAUGCGGUGGGAGAUCACAACUAUCUAAGGCAGUAAGAAAGUGCAGAGAAGGGACAGGGGUUUACUGUACCUAUGACAGAGUGACUGCUACCAGAAUGAGCUUGAGCUACGGCCGACCCUCCUGAGCCUAAGCUAUUAACACACGUAUUGGUUUAGGAAUAUUCCCCUAUCAUGUCAAUCACUCAGUGUUAAAUAAAUGGAAGCGAUUAAUAAAGUUUAGUCUUUAGGCUCAAGAAGCAGUUCCUACAAAUGAUGAAGGGACAGUGGGGUAUGCUGUCUUUUGCUUUCAGCCAGGCUCCUGCUACUUACUACCUCUUUUCUGUAAACUGCUAUUCUUAGCCAUAGCCUGCAAAUCCUCAUAGAAUGUUUCAUUUUACGCUACUUCAAAGUAGCUUUGUUCCGUGCAUUGCCUUUUCUCCAUUUAAGAAUCUCCACUUUAAAACCUGCAAUGGAAAAAGUAAGUCAUCUCUUUUGACAGUUUCUUAAUUUAAGGGAACUGGUGAUGUGGCCUUUACCCAGAAAGCUUCUGGGAAUACCCAGAAAGCCUGUACUUCAUUAACCUGAUUCUCUGUCGUGUAUACUGUCACUGCUAAAUUUAUAAAGUUAAAAAUAAUCUGAAAAUGUCAGUACUAGAUGAAAGUCAAUCACUUGCCAAAUCUUCCCCUAAGUAGUUCAUCUUUUCUCCCUAAGUAACUGCUGACUUCUGCCCUGGGUGUACAAGUCAGGCUCGGGGUGUCUCCCUACUCCCGCCCAUGGGAUUUUGCUUUUUAAAGCCCAGGUGGUAUAACGGUAGCAUCUCAUUGCAAAACACCAGGCCUACCUCCUGAGCUCAAGGGCCUGACAGGAAGGUGGGCUUUGUGAACUCCAGCAGGUGGAUGAAGUUGAGAUCACCAAAUGCCAACACCUUCAGACUUUCUGUCCACAGAGCCAAGGGCCAUCGUUAGCUGUUCUCCAUCUAUUAAAGACAACUUCACAGCCCCCCCAGCCCCCCCAACAAUGGGAAUGAAAGCUGCGUCCAAUCCUGCUAGAUGCAGCACAGAACUGUCACUCAAGGAGCUGGGGAUGGCUACUGAAACCCCAGCCACGCCUUCCUCCAGUCUGCAAUCCCGAUGAGUGGAGUUUACUUUGCUAAGCGUGGUCUGGAGAACAAGUCAGGACUGAUUCAACUCAAGUUCCCAGAGUAAGUGCACGUCGACGUCCCACUGGGGAGUGUUCAUGCCAGCAGGACCAGCUGCUGAGAGCUCCAGCAGCGGCCUUGGCCAGCCUGGCUGCAAGGCCCUCUCGAGGGCCAACGGUAGGGUCCACUCACACCAGAAGAGUGUCAUCCCAGGAAUCAACAAACCCGUAAACCUCUUUGGUAUAUAUAAUAACGAAAAAAUUAAUUAGGCCAUGAAAUCUAGAAGUCGGUACUAUUUCUGAGUUGGUAACAUGCUCUUCUGAACACACAAUUCCAGAGUCUGGUACAGCUGACCAGGGUCCGCAUCUGUGCAAUCUCUCACGGUGCAGAUUCCAUUUAUGCCAUCUCUCUUAUCUAAGCAUUUGAAACGUUUGACAUUGUUCUUCUAAGUUUUCACAACACCCCUAUGAGGUAGGUGGUAUUGACCCCAUUCUACAGAUGGGGAGUCUAGGCACAGAAAGGUUAAGUGGCUCCUCGAAGCCUCCAGGCGUGGCGUGGCAGCUGGGCAGCUCUGCAGCCAGGGGCGGCCACCGCCUUCGCGAGAGGGCUUCGGGAGCGCCACCGCCAACUGCAGGAAGGAUUUCACGCUGAGACCAAGGCCCUCUCUUAUCCAGAAUUAAACAAGGGUCUUAAAGCUGAUGUAUUUAAAGCCAACCACUCUCCCCAAACUUGAAAAACAAAAAUACUGACUAAAUCUCAGUUGGGAUCAUUUGCUCUAUUUAAGACUCUCAUGAGCUGACUUGCUUGAAUUGUAUAGUUAUAUAUGCUUGAAUCCCUUUGGAAAAGACAGUCUGAAAUGGCAUUAGAGUCGGUGGAAUUUUGAGAACAGAACAUAGAAAUCAAUAGUUAAUAGAUUUCAACUGAAACACAAAAAUAUAA